AUGGUCCGCAAACUCAAGUAUCACGAGCAGAAGCUUCUUCGGAAGCAUGACUUCAUUACGUACAAGCAGGAUGGAGAUCACCGCGAUGCCUCAGUGGUGCGCAGAUAUAUGAUCCAGAAGCCUGAAGAUUAUCAUAAAUACAACAGACUAUGCGGCUCCAUCCGUCAGCUCGCACACAGAAUCAGUCUCAUGCCCCCGGAAAACGCGGCCCGCCGAAAGCACGAGAAGCUUCUCCUCGACAAGCUGUACGACAUGGGCAUUCUGUCCACGGCCUCGAAGCUGUCAGCUGUCGAGCACAAUGUCACGGUCAGCGCGUUUGCAAGACGGCGUCUCCCCGUUGUCAUGACUCGCCUCCGUAUGGCCGAGACCGUACAGGCAGCGACGAAACUCAUCGAGCAAGGACACGUCCGUGUUGGUACAGAAACCUGCGUCGAUCCAGCCUUCUUGGUAACCCGCAGUAUGGAAGACUUUGUCACAUGGACCGUGGGUAGCAAGGUGAAGCGGAACAUCAUGAAGUACCGGGACAAGCUGGACGAUUUUGAGUUGUUGUAA